AGAUGAUCUCACUUCUAAUAUUCACGUGGGCUCAACUCAUGAACAACUCUUAUGCGAUCUAAAUAUCUCCUUGCAAAGCUGCGAGGCCGUUAUCUCGGUACUCAAUGAACGCAUUACUGUGUUAAAAAGAAACGAAUCCAAUUGCCUUACAAAAGGGAGCAAAGUCGGCCUACUCUGGGGAGAAUCCAUGAUAAACGAUUACCUCAGUCUCUUGGGUAAUCAGAUCAAUGCACUCAAUCUUCUCUUGACCGCUCUACAUUGUCGCUCAACCUUUGAUCAGAAUAACCUCCUACAAGAGGAUAAAUCCCGCGAGAUAUUCUGUAAAGUUAAAGAUGACACAUCAUCUCUCGUUUGCUUAACGGAUUCGGAGUCUAACGGGACUCGACGCAGCGACGGGCCCCAAGAUCUUACUCUCCUUAAUAAUACAUUCGCUUUUGACGGCGAUCUCUUCUCGUCGAAGGCGUAUCGGAGGCCAGUAGUACGUGCGAUCCGGACAGAAGCCAGCGUGACCAAGGACCUUAGGCACAGUCAAGUGACGUUGGACAACUGCCUCAGUGUCUCUCCCCCAGUGUCCAGCACUAAAGUAAUACGCGAGGAAGAAAAGGUCCUGAAGGGCGAAUCAUUCAAACCGCUGGUGAGAACGGCACGGGCUUCUUACUCACAACACGGCAGUUCAGACAUCGAAGUAAUACAAGAGUUUCCAGCGUCAUGGAGAACCACGACUGGAGGGGGCUGCACAAGUAAGAAAAUCCCAUCAACAGGUAACGAUUUAAGACUUAUCUGUCAAUUGGCACUCAACGGCACCCUAACUCCUACGUCCAUCUAUUCCCUCCAGCACGUAAAGAGGGAGAUCGUGGACCCGCCACUAUUCGGUGAUCCACUUUCGUUCAGACCACCGGGCGCAAGAGUACACCCCCCCAAGAAAAUGAGAGUAAAUUUACUUGGAACUUCAAGAUGCGGGAAAAGCACUUUGCUUAGAUGCCUUCUUGCAAAAUUUCGGCCUUACGACGAGGAAGUACUUUACUUAUAUCGACCAAUCAUUCGAGCGCACACUACCAAUUGCAUCCAAGGUACGGUCAGUUAGAUAUGCAAUGGGACCAAUGGAAAACACAAUGGAACAAUCAAGAUAUACGUACAUUGUAUAGGCUGAAGACAAUUAACGACGAAGCGGCCCCCCAAGAAGCAGACUAUUUUCUCGGCUCUUUCGAUCGCAUGUUCCAACAAGAUUACAUCCCAACAAUGGAAGAUAU